UGUAUAUUUUUGGGGAGAUUGUUCAGAUGUGUGACGACAGAAUCAGAAGUCAAGUUCAUUGUUGUAACUUGUUUUAAAACAUGUUCUAUGCACUUUUGACACCAUGCAAUCAGAAAUUUGAUUAUAUUAUAUAAGUAAAGUUUAACUUAGUUGCCACUCUGGAUCAGCAAAAACGUCACCAUCUAAACUAUUUUAAGAAGCCAAAUGGAGCUGGAAUCUGAUUUUAAGUUGAUAGAAGAUUGAAUGGGCGUUUGAACCCGGCUUUGAUCCCCCACCAUGAUGCGUUACUGGGGAGAGAUCCCCGGUCCUGCAGGCGCUCCUCCCAGUCGCAGCUCCUUUGACUUGCUCCAGCGCGAGUUUCGCUCGGUGGAGAUGCAGGACCCUCCCCUGCACCAGCCCUCGGCCCAGCGUCCGCGGCCCACCACCAUGUUGGACAUCCCCUCGGAGCCCUGCAGCCUCACCAUCCACACGGUGCAGCUGUGUCAGCACGCCCGCCGCCUCCGUGGCCUCCUGUCAGCGGCCCAGGCUCAGGGUCAGAGCUCGGCGUCCUCUGAGGGAGGCAGCAGGCUGGAGGACGCCGAUGCCAACCUGCCCCUGCGUCCUCCCACCCCACCUGUUAUGCCAGAUGACUUGCUACCCGUGGACAGCAAAGCCCCGCGGCAGCCCUUCCUGCUCCGCCACAGUGACCCUGAGAGUGACUUCUAUAAGGGUAAAGGCGAGCCUGUCACAGAGCUGAGUUGGCCCUCCUGCAGGCCCCUCCUCUAUCAGUCAGUGGCCACCAUCCUGGCCCACGCUGGCUUUGAGUCGGCCCAGGAGAGCGUGCUGGAGACCCUGACCGACCUGGUCCAUGAGCAUUACCUGCGCCUCUCCCGCAUGCUGCGCGUGGCGGUGGACCGCGAGGCUCGGCUGGGAGCGAGUCCCUUCCCGGACGUGGUGGAGCAAGUGUUCCAUGAGGUGGGCAUUGGCAGCGUGCUGGCCCUGCAGCGCUUCUGGCAAGUGCGGAUCAAGGACUAUCACAGCUACAUGCUGCAGGUGAGCAAAGAUCUGUCGGAGGAAUAUGAACGACUGGUGAACCCGGAGAAGGCUCUGGAGGACUCCAAGCCCCCAAGAAUCAAGGAGGAGCCCAUGAGUGACAUCUCCUUCCCCGUCAGCGAGGAGCCUGAGGCCGACUUGGCCUCUGGGGACCAAGCUCUGCCCAUGGGGGUCCUCGGGGCCCACGCUGAGAGGCUGGCUUCGGGCCUGGAUGCGGACCAUUCUCCUCACACCUCAGGUGGGGGUGGAACCAACAACUCCCCACUGUGGCCACAGGUCAAGAUGGAGCCGCAGGAUGUGGAGGAGAGCCAGGGUGCUGGCCACCACCAGCACCACCACCACCACCAUCACCAUCACCACCAUGCAGUGUUGGGUGGAGAUGUGUUCGAGGAGGGGGGGCCCAUGUCCACCAUGAGUGAGUCAGGAGGAGCCAUGGCACCCUCUCCCGGGGGGGCGGCGUCAGACGGAAGCUACGCGUCACAUUCGCCCGACUCCUUGAUGGGCGCCUCGCCCGUCUUCAACCAAAGGCCCAAGAAACGGGCGAGGAAGAUGUGAGGAUGCAUUCGUGGACGGAGGAAACUGAACUCACCA